AUGUGUCGGAGCCUCGGGUGUGAUAGGGCCAUCACUAACUUCAUUUCCCAUGAGCAGUACUAGCACCCUUCUAUCACAUGAUUCACAGAUGACGUCACGUGUCAACAUGGCAGCUUCUGUGUCCAGCGAAGAUUUCAGCAACUUACAGCUUCUUCUAAAGGCUCCAUCCAAAGAUGCCGUGAGAGACGUUUGUGUUCGGAGUCACAGAGAUCCGAGUCGCCGACUGGCAGAGACCACAGCAGCAGCAUUCGACAUCCCUGCUGCCCAGGCUGCACAGCUGGUCCAGUCUCUCCACCUUCUGUCUCAUCACGUCCUCUUCUACAACCUCAGCUCCCCGGAGCAGAUCCUCGCUCUUUUCCCUGAAUCUUUCCACUCUAGUCUGAAGAACCUGAUCACCAAGAUCCUACUGGAAAACAGUUCAACAUGGAGGACAGAAGCUCCCAGUAAUCAGACCUCCCUCCCCCUACUUAAGGAGCUGAACUGGAGAGUGGACAUGGUGACCGGUUCGGACUCCGUCAGUCGUAUGUCCAUCCCCACCUGCCUGGUUCAACUCGAGAUGGAGGAUGCCAGUCCGUCAGCGGACGGUGAGUCGGUUUCCACGGUGACAGUGGAACUGAGCAGGGAGUCUCUGGACACCAUACUGGACGGAUUGGGACGCAUCAGAGACCAGCUGUCUGUGGUCGCUGGGAAAUAAAGACUCAUGUCCGAGAUCAGAUUUUCUCACAGGCUGACACUGAGGGGCUUGGUUUGAAGCUGCCUGAUACCGCGUACCAGCAUUAAACAUCUUGAGCUGUUUCCUACUGCUAAAUGUUAUUUGUCCUUUUCCUCAGAGUGCGACUCUUGUUUGGCUGAAAACAGCCAGCUUGUACCAUGGUUGCAGACUGACAGGAACAUGAGACAAACUUUAGAUAACAGAUUUAUU